ACCGGUGGUAAAAUGGAUAUGAAAUAUUGAAGGUGUAUAUUAUAUUGGUCCUGUAUUAUGUUGAACAGCUACUACCAGGAAAAAAGAAGAGAUUAUUUUAGCGGUAUUAAUAUCCAGUGAUUUUUUUUAUAUAUUCGCUGCACGAAGGUAAAUCAUUAAGUCGUUCAUAUCACUUCAGACCUACCCUUUCCUGAGACUGACGCUAGGCCUACUUUCAACAAGAGAACAUCGACAUAAUUUGGCUGUACUCAUCGCUAUACGGAUUUCUUUGAGAGUUGUUACCUGAUUGUCACUAGAAACAUGGCAACAAACCUAACCACCAUGAACUCAUUAGACUCAUCAGAGGAGUUUGAUAGAAAGGCGUUCGAGCAAACCCUAUCGACUGCUAGCUUUUAUAUCAGCUAUAUUGGAAUUGCUGUUGCUUUAUUCUCCAUGGGUUGUGUCAUCUCAAUCAAGGAUUUCUCUGAUAAAGACAAACAUCUCUCCAAAAGCGUGGUGAUAGGUAUCGCUUUCCAAUCCCUCUUCCUACCCCUGAUCGGGUACGGGCUCGCUCUCCUGCUCCAGAUGGACGUCUUCGAUGCCAUGGCCAUGAUCAUUCUUUCUUGUUGCCCGGUAUCUCCCUUCUGUGCCGUGUUCGUCUACUAUGGCGAAGGAGUUGUCAUGGUCGGGUUAUCUUUGGCCAUGUUCUCUACAGCCCUAUCUGUGGGGUUGAUCCCGUUUUGGUUCUCCCUCUACUCUAGUUCCUGGACCCAAGAGUAUUACAUCAUUGGAACCCCAUCUGACAUCGUCCUUGCUGAAAUUGAAAUCUUCAUACCCACAGCUCUGGGUCUCUUAUACAAGAGAUUAUAUGGGAAGAAGAAUGCUAGACUAAUGGCAAAGGUUUGCAGCAAUGCCUUUUGGGUGGCUGUCAUUGUCAGUCCAAUCCUGAGCGGCAUUGCCUAUCCUGAAGAUUUCGACGCCGACUGGCAGAUCUGGGUGGCCGCCAUCGUCCUUCCUCUAUCUGGGUUCUUCUGUGGACUCUUCCUCUCCCUCUUCUUCAACCUUCCAUUUCAGGUGUGCAGCGCCAUCUCCCUGGCGGUGGGCACACCUAACUGGUUCAUCGCCAAGAGCCUCGCCACUCACUUCUUUUCAGGCGAAGAAGAAACCCUGCACGGUGUCAUCACGCUGUUGUCCAUCUUCAGCAUCACCCUACCCAUUGAAGGGUUCAUCUGGUCCAUCAUGUUUAGAAACAUCCAGGAAUUCUUCACCAAGUUAUCCCCCAAGUGCUGCUGCAACGCGGACGAUGACGACGACGAUGAAAAGGAUAAAUUUGAUAUCAUAGAAAUAGACGAUAUUGAGGGUAUGACACAGGUUGACAUCAAAGUUUCCCACUUUGAUUUUGACGAAUCCGUUGCUUGAUCUGUUAUGAGAACGGACAUUUUUUAAAUGAAAAUUGCUGGAAUACUUCGAACCCGCUGCCAAAUGUGAGAAAAAACAAACAAAGUUUCCAGUAAAACCACCAUUGAAGCCCCUUCACCAUGUUCACGUUACCAAGCCAGUGUGUACAUACAACUGUGUAUUAACGAAAGCAGCAUUUUAUCAAGGUAUACUGUGUUCAUAUUGUAUUGGACAAUGUUUAUGGUUUGAAAAUUUGGAAUGCAUCGUGUUUCUGAUGUGGGUAACAGUAAUGAUCUUGCACAAGCCUAUAACAAGCUCUUUUAUGGACUACAUAAGAUUUUCGGCAAUAUGGUCGUAAUGGUCCUAUACUGACAUGUUAAGGAAUAUAA